CGCCGGGCAGACACCCUCUCCAGUCGCCAUGGCCUUCUCAACUAUCGAUUCUUUCUCCUCCUCGACUUGGCGGAUCGAGACUGCGACCGGAUCGCACAAAUUCACAGUCAACAAGCACUCGGUGACGAAGGGCUUCGGCGCAGGCAAUCACGUCCAGUCCGGCGUCUUCUCCGUCGGCGGACACGACUGGGCCAUCAGAUACUAUCCAGACGGACGCGCACACAUCACUCGCAUCUACCCGGACGGCAGCUACGGACGCAGCUACGAAAGCGACGUCGGCACUGGCAACGUAUCCAUUUACCUCACUCAUCUCAGCGACACGAGCGGCGACGCCAAGGUGGCCUUCAAGUUCGACAUACUGGACAAGAACGGCAGCACUCUCUCGACACACUCCGUUGAAGUGCCAGUCACUCUCAAGGACAGCAAGUCUUCAUUGGGCUGGGAGCGGAUAAUGAGCAGAGCCGACUUUGAGAGGAAGUUCGUCGACGAAGACGAUCGCCUCACAGUUCGAUGCACUGUCACCGUCCUGAAAUCGCCGCAUUUGCGGGUAUCCAAGACUCGCUCCGUUGCCAGCCUUCAGGUGCCUAAACCUCCUCCCUCUGACUUGCAUCAGCAUCUCGGCGAACUGCUGGAGAGCGGAGAGGGCGCCGACGUGGCUUUUGAUGUCGGCGGGGAGACCUUUGCCGCCCAUAGAUGUGUCCUCGCUGCACGGUCGCCGGUCUUCAGAGCGGAACUCUUCGGCCCAAUGAAGGAAAAGACCAUGCAGUGCAUAAAGAUCGAAGACAUGGACGCCGCGGUGUUCAAGGCUAUGCUUCAUUUCAUGUACCGGGAUUCGCUGCAUCAACUCGAAGAGCUUACGACGGAAUCUCCAACUUCGAUGCUUCAGCAUUUGCUCGCGGCCGCAGACCGUUACGGGCUGGAAAGGCUGAAGUCGAUCUGCGAGGGCGAGCUGUGUAAAGACAUCGACGUGAGCACGGUUGCGACCACCUUGGCUUUGGCCGAGCAGCACCGCUGCCGCGAGCUUAAAGACGCUUGCUUUGACUUCAUCAAUUCCCCCGACACGGUGAUUUCUGUGAUGAAAACCGAGGGAUUCGAGUACCUCACAAUCAGUUGCCCCCUACUUCUCAAGGAACUCGUGGAGAGGAUAGAAUGAUCAGGAGAUAACAUGAGAUUGUGCGCAUGUCGAUCACUUUUUGUUUGGA